AUGGUUUCUUAUUAUUUGAAUUUGUCAGGCUUGUUGGCUAUAAUUAUUGACAAUGAAGAUAAUGAGUAUGAGAUAUACAGGGAGUUACUUCCUGUACUCUCUAAAGCCCUCAAGUCUGGACCUAAACCCUUAAAGGAGUUGGAGUGUUUGGCUAUAACAAGCUUGUUUGGUUCAACUAGGUCAGAGGAAACUGAAAAUGCCAUGCAAAUACUAUGGAAUUUUAUUCAAUCCGAUACUAACCAUUCAUCAGAUGUCCUCCAUGCUGCUAUAUCUGCCUGGCUGUUUCUUGUUGCAAGCUUGGAUGGAUGGAGAUUCAGCUACAAUCGUUGGCAAGGGGCGAUUUCUUAUUUCUUGAAUCUAUUACAGAAUGGUGACCCAUCAUUGUCUUUAAUAGCCGCUGAAGGAUUGGCACUACUAUUUGAAUCAAAAAUCAUUGACAAGUUUUCCUUCAAGGAACAAAAUAGUUCAACACCUAUGUACACAUACACAGAAGAAACAUUUAAAGGUGUUGUUUUAGAAAAAUUACGUCUUGCUCUAGAGCAGAUAACUCAUCAGAAUGUUGCCGAUAAAAUGAAGGUCCAAUAUUUGCGUACUUUGAACUAUUUUCAGUUCAACUAUCUGAAAUCCUUUCUAGGAGAUGAGGGAUUUUAUAUCCACAUGAAGGAAAAUGAAAAACUCCAAGAAAUAUUUGAUUUUACUCCCAGAAAAAUUUCGAGGCCAAUCCAAGAUUUAUACACACCCGUUGCGGAAGAGACCAGUAUUAAUAAACGUUUUGUGUUCGAAGAUAAACAUAUAAAGCGCAUAUCAAAGGAUAAAAUAGCGAAAAGAAAGAAUAUGAUAAAGGGUCUAUUAGACAAGGAAAAAACAAUAUCGAUGACCAAAUAUCGGAAGUCCGCAGAGGAGAGGAAACUCAUGGGGCUAUGGAAUGAGUAA